GGACUAUCUCAUCAAAUCAAGGAAGAAAUAGAAACCCAAAAUUCCACCAAUAACCGAAGUUUCUUCUCACGCUCUCCUCCUACCUUCCUCCUUCUUCUCCCCCAAAUUUGAGGUUUUUCUCCAGAAAUUUGCUUCAUCACAACAAAUUCAAUUCAAUUCCUUCUUCAAUUUCUCCUCUUUUUUAAUUCCCAGUUUUCUGCAAUUUCAUCGAAUUGAUCCAAUUGUUGAAAACAACAAAGAAAAAGAGCGAAUUUUCUGUGUUUUUUUUUUUUGAGAAGAAUUAAUGGGGAAGAAGAAGAAGAGACAAAUUGAUAAGGUAUUCUGCUACUAUUGUGACAGAGAAUUUGAUGAUGAGAAGAUAUUGUUGCAACAUCAAAAAGCUAAGCAUUUUAAAUGCCAUGUUUGUAACAAGAAGCUUUCUACUGCUGGUGGUAUGGUUAUACAUGUUCUUCAAGUUCAUAAGGAGAAUGUCACCAAGGUGCCUAAUGCAAAACCUGAAAGGGAAGCAACUGAUAUUGAAAUAUAUGGAAUGCAAGGGAUCCCGCCUGAUGUUUUGGCUGCUCAUUACGGGGAGCAAGAGGAUGAUACACCUUCAAAAUCUGCAAAAGUUGAUUUUCCGACUACAAAUAUUGUUGGUGGUAUGAUGCCAGGAGCAGUUGGUUUUGCUCCACCUGGAACUUAUGGAAUGAUGCAGCGACCCAUGUACAACCCAGCUGUUCCAGGACCCCUUGGUUGGCAACUUCCCCGUCCACCGGCAUGGUAUCCACCGCCUAUGGCGAUGUCAAUGCCUCCUGCAGUUUCAGUACCUCCAGGAGCUUCCGUUCCUCCACAGCAGCCUCUUUUUCCUGUUCAAAGCAUCGCUCCACAACUGUCUUCUACUGUAGCUCCUGUGUCUCAACCUCCUUAUCCACCUGGUGUCCAUUCUUCUCCGGCUCCUAUCCCUGUUUCACAGCCUCUAUUUCCUGUUGGAGCUACCGCCAAUAUGCCAAAUCAAACUUCAGCAGUUCCUGCUCCAGGACUUCUUCCAUCUAUGUCCACAGACAUGAAAGCUUCUGCAGCCACAUAUUCUAAUGCACCUCCUAAUGUGGUAAACAAUUACCAUUUACCAAAUGGUCAAGGAGCAGCAAUUAAUUCACAUUCAUAUGCAUCUGGCCCAAACACUGGUGGUCCGUCAAUUGGUCCUCCUCCUGUCAUCGCUAAUAAAGCUCCAGCAAACCAGCCAGCCGGUAACGAGGUUUACUUGGUGUGGGAUGACGAAGCCAUGUCAAUGGAGGAGAGAAGGGCAUCGUUGCCAAAGCAUCAGGUUCACGACGAAACCAGCCAGGUAAGUUGGAACUACCCUGUUCUUUUCCAUGUUCUUCUGAGAUUUCAGUCUGGUUUUUUGAUGGUUAUCUGGGACUUGAUACAACUCUUCCCUAUGUAUUUGGCAUAAAGGUAACACUUUUGUUUUAUUGCCAUCUUGGUUUAUAUUUUAUGGAGAGACUAAGUGAGGUCAACUGGUCAAGUUUUGAAUGUGCUUGAUUUCAAAUACAGUGUGAAAUAUUGUAACAUUUUAUUGCCAAUAGCUUCGACUUAGCACUAUUUCUAAGUGCCAUUAUCCAGUUUCCACGGAAAUUCUGCUGCUUUUGUGGGCAUCAAAAAGGUCCAAGUAGGUAUUUAAAUGUGCUCUACUAUUGAAUGGUUAGUUAUGUAAAAUCUGACAAGCAUGUUGUGAGCGGUUCAAGGUUACCUGCAUCUUGCACCAGCCUUCCACACUAAAAGUGUAUGUAUUUUGCUGGUUUAGAUUUGAAUUUGCUACCUGUUAAUUAUUUUCCCCCAUGCUUGACUGCGAAAUAUGGGGUUUUGACUUUUGAGUGGAAGGUGAGCAUGCCAACAGGCUUUUGCCAUUUGUAUCGUUUCUUAUUAUCUUUUAUGACUUUGCAGUGCUUUCCAGGUCAGCUUCUGUCUAAUUUUUGGUUAUCAAUGUAUUGUGUAGAAGCUUAUCCCCCUAUUCAGAAGCUUUUGCUGGCAUGAGUUUUAAGCUAUUUUUUUCUUUUGAAUUUUCAGAUGAACUCAAUAGAUGCUGCCAUUGAUAGAAGAAUAUCUGAGAGCAGACUCGCGGGUAGAAUGGCUUUUUAGGCUUGAAUAAAAGGAGUAACUACAUUUACAUGCAGUGGAAGCUUGCUUUUUGAGUGGGAUUGAGGUCGCAAGUGGAUGGUCUUUCCAUUGAUCCUGUCGUUUGUUUUUGAGUAUAGCACAUUCAAUACAAUCUCCAGCACAAAACUGGUCGAAUUAUCUGAAGUAGAUAUAAAUCGGGUCAGAAAUGAAAGCUUUCUUUUGCCGGAAUUGUGCCGUAGAUUAGCAGGACAGAUACUAGAUUCUUUAGGCAGAGGAUUCCUUCAGUGUAAUACUAUCUGAUUAUUACAACUAGUCAUUUAUGUAGUUCACUUGUCUGACAAUGACAAUUUUUCAAGACCAAAUGACAUUUUUAACCCUUCGGCCUGCUCGAUUUAAGGCAUCAACUGGAGAACCAUUUCAUCUAGAGAUUCAGGAGCUGCUGGUCAAAUGUAACUGCUGUUAGUUUCAGUUUAAAAGAGUAAAUUAUAUUCUUUUGAUGGUUUUGUCCCUUGUAUUAUGCUGAAAUGUUUUGAAUGUCUUCCUAUUUUUUAGUGAAGUAAUCUUUUUUAUUUUUGUUCGGGUUA